AUGGUUCGUAAUAGUGUCUCAUCGGCUGAGUUUGUGGAUGAAGGAGAACGAUACAUCACACUGAUUAAACCGAUAUCGUGUUGCCUCAGUCGCACUUUGCACCACAUUCGACUUUAUGAUGUUCAAACGUGCCGCUGUUACGUCUCAGCCGUCCCGGAGGAUCAACACCAAAGCGCAGUGAACAUGGUUCGUUGGUCCCCGAAUGGAAACGCGUAUGUGACUGCUGGUAUGGACGGGAGUUUCAAAAUAUGGGACGGUGUCUCGUGCCGGUGCGUAAACACGUUCGAGGCAGCACAUGACGGUGCCCCGGUCUGUUCAGUUAUGUUCUCGCGCAACGGAAAAGUUAUUAAAUGUGAAGAAGAUCGAAGCUCAGGGAAGGACAGUGCUGUAAAACUUUGGGAACUGGCUACCGGUCGCUGUCUGAUUACCUACACUGGAGCUGGUACCACUGGACAUCAGACACAUCGGUCCAUGGCCGUGUUCAAUCACACAGAAGACUAUGUUCUGUUUCCGGACGAGGCCACAAAAAGUCUUUGUUGCUGGGACUCGCGAAAUGCAGAUCGUCAAAGGCUGCUUGCAUUAACCGAGGCGAUAGCUAUCCAAACAUUAGAUCCCCCUAUGCAGACAAAAACAGAUCAUUCGGUCUUAAGCCUUGCCAUGACCUCGGAUGAAGAAAACCAACUCACCCCCGGGAAUGGUUUAACUACGGCUACUGUCGCGCCGUUCGCGAAAAAGAAAUCAGCGUUCCCCCGCUGGCGUCGUUCACCCUCCCCCGGUCCCGCCGAUUGUUCUUGCAAGCACGAACAAGUGUACGACCAUCAUACAGAAAUCUAA